AUGGAAAGUCCCAAUGGAGCUGGUUCCAAUGGGCCGCCAUCUUUUGAUCUAGAGAAAUUGAAAAAAGACUCUGAUGGUUCAAUGUCAGGAAUGGCCACAGGUCUCUUCAAUCAGGUAGUUCAAGGGAACCCAUAUUUUGCAGCAGGCGGAGGACUGAUGAUUUUAGGCUCUGGUUUGGCUUUAGCAAGAUCAGGAGUAAUACGGCUGAGCGGUUUGUUGUACCGACAGUUAUUGGUGGAUAUGGAAAUUCCAUCUAAGGACAAAUCCUAUCUAUGGUUUCUCGAGUGGAUGGCAAAGCACCCGCAUAGAUCUUCAAGGCAUUUGUCUGUAGAAACCAAUUUUAUUCAGCACGAUAAUGGGGCAGUCUCGACCAAGUUCUCACUGGUGCCGGGUCCUGGUAAUCAUCUGAUCCGGUAUAAAGGUGCCUUCAUGCUAAUAAAGCGCGAGAGGUCAGGUAAAAUGAUCGACAUGACGAAUGGAGCACCUUUCGAAACCGUCACGCUAACUACUUUGUACAAAGACAGGCUACUAUUCCGCGAUUUGCUGAGUGACGCGAAAAACCUAGCCGUUAAGGCUAAGGACGGCAAGACGGUAAUCUUCACAUCUUGGGGUCCAGAAUGGAGACCAUUUGGACAACCAAAGGCCAAGAGACUAUUGCCUUCUGUAAUUCUCGACAAGGGCAUCAAAAAUCAUAUUUUGAAUGAUGUCAAAGAGUUCCUGCAAAAUGGCAAAUGGUAUUUUGACCGCGGUAUUCCAUACAGAAGAGGAUAUCUGCUUUAUGGGCCACCAGGAAGCGGGAAGACCAGUUUCAUCCAGGCUUUGGCUGGGGAACUGGACUACAACAUUUGCAUUAUGAAUCUCUCUGAGGCCAACUUGACGGACGAUCGUUUGAACCACCUGAUGAACAAUAUUCCGGAAAGAAGCAUAUUGCUACUGGAGGAUGUCGAUGCCGCAUUUAAUAAGCGGUCACAAUCAGCAGAAAAGGGUUUCCAAUCCGGCGUCACGUUCAGUGGUCUUUUGAAUGCCCUUGACGGAGUUGCCUCUUCAGAAGAGACCAUCACUUUCAUGACUACUAACCACCCAGAAGUUCUUGACCCUGCCCUGAUGAGACCGGGCAGGGUUGACUACAAAGCAUAUAUUGGCAAUGCGUCGCCUUUCCAAGUUGGGGAAAUGUUCAUGAAGUUUUACCCAGAUGGCGACAAGUACUGCGACCUCUUUGUCCAAAGGGCCACUGCUCUCAACGUCCAGAUCAGCACUGCUCAGCUACAGGGACUCUUUGUAUUCAAUAAAGAUGAUCCCCAAGCAGCACUUGACAUGGUUGAAACGUUAAAAUCUCCAAAUCAUGUAUUCUAG